GCUUUAGCAAGAUGGUGACAAUAUUUGGGGAACUAUUGUCACGGGGUUGAAUCAAGAUGGCCACCAGGUUACGCCCAUCACAGCCCCAUCAGGGAAACAACAGCAGGAACUGCUGAAUGACAUCUACACACGGCAUGGGAUCGACCCGACUGAAGUAGAUUAUAUUGAAGCUCAUGGUACUGGAACCAAAAGAGGUGAUCCAGUAGAAGCUUCAGCUCUGGGAACCUUCUUUGAGAAAUAUCCACGCCAGCGCCACAUCGGGUCAGUGAAGACCAACAUCGGCCAUCUAGAAGCAGCUGCAGGUGUUGCCGGACUCAUCAAGGUCCUGUUGAUGAUGAAACACGACACCAUUGUGCCGUCCCUACACUUUGACAAGCCCAAUGAAGAAAUAGACUUUGACAGAUUUCAGUUUGUAGUACCAACAAAAACUUCUGACUGGAAACGUCAUAAAAAGAUUGCAAGUGUCAACUCAUUUGGCUUUGGGGGUAGCAACAGCCAUGCUGUGUUAACAUCAUUUACAAUGGAAACACCAGUAAUAAGUGACAUUGCUCUACCAGUUUGUUUUUCAGGCUCCACUGAGAAAACGUUAAACACAUCAAUAGCAAAAUUCAUUGAAAGUGGUAACAGUUCUCCUUUCAGUGCUGUUGCUUACACUUCAUGUAUGGCAAGAGAACAUUUUCCGUUAAGAAAAGCUUUCUUUGCAAACAAUCAUGCUAAUCUGAAAUCUCAAAUACAAGAAGAGUUACAAAAAGAGAAACCAGCCAUCUUUUUCGGAAAAAGAAAACAUUGUAUUUGUUUUUUGUGGCAUGGGGACAGCCUGGGAAGGAAUGUGCAAUGAUCUCAUCUCCAACAAUGAUCAGUUUAAGGAAAGCAUUUUGGAAAUUGACAAAUCCCUCUCCAGGUUUGUUCAGUGGUCCCUGAUGAAGCGGCUCCUUGAAUGUGAUGAUGUGAACGACCCGCUGUUCGGUCCAAUAGCCAUUUUUGCUUGUCAGGUGUCUCUCGCUCACCUGUGGGAAACCUGGGGGGUGAAGCCUGCAGCUGUUGUAGGUCAGUCAGUUGGGGAGGUGGCUGCAGCACAUGUUGCAGGAAUCCUGUCCUUGGAUGAAGCUGUGAGGGUCAUCUACCACAGGACUCGGAUCCUGGCUGAAGCCACGGGCGGAAAGAUGAUGCUUGUCCGGAAUGUUGAGACAGAACAAGUAAAGACAGCCUGUAGGAAAAUUCAGAGUAAGAUAGAUGUAGCUCUUUAUUACAGCCCAGUGUCGUGCACUAUCAGUGGGGAUGAGAGGUCCGUUCAGUUAGUCAAAGAGGAUUUGAAGCAUUCUUCAGAUAGUAAUGCACUGUUUCAUGAGCUCCCUGUUACAAGUGCGUUCCACAGUCACUUUAUGGACUCAGCAAGAGUUCAGCUUGAUGAAAUCUUAUCCGAUAUCAAGACAUCUAAGAUGACAAGCAGAUUUGUCUCGACAGUUGAUCCUGAUAUGGAUGAAAGUACAGUUAUGUCAAAGAUCUAUUGGGGCAUAAAUGUAAGAAGUCCUGUUAGACUUUGUGAUGCAAUCAAAAGCGCCACACAAACAUCCAAAAUGAACAUUUUUGUUGAAAUAGGCCCACGGACUGUACUAAAAUCACAUCUACGGGACAUCUUCAGAGAUUCUACCCCCUCUGUCACAUCCAUUCCUUCUCUUCACCCCAAAGCGAGUUACGGUGACAUUCUGCAGUCACUCCUCUUGUUGUAUGACUAUGGAGUUAACGUCAAAUGGGACACUUUCUUUCCUGAUAAGAUGCAAAUAACAAGCUAUCCAUCUUAUGUCUUCAAUACUAAGCCCCUGUUACUGGUGUCUGAAAGUAAACAACAGAUGCUCAAGGGUCAGAAGGAAACUGAAGGAGAUCACUUGUUUAUCAAAGGCAACACAGAGUCAGCAAGCUUAGUCAUUGACCCUCAGAGAUUCAAGAGUGUUUUUGAACACAAAGUGAAAGGAGCAAUCAUUUUACCAGGUGCCGUCCAUGCUGAGGCAGCACUUGCUUUAGCCAGAAUGAUUGACAUGUACCACCUAUGUACAAUCAGUGUUUCUGUGGCCUUCAAAAGCCCAGUCAAUCUUAAAUCUGGAAAAGUGACAAACCUGGAUAUAAAACAAUCUCACAGUGAAGUUGACUCCAGCAUUUUGAGUACAUUUGUUUUGAAGAAUGGAAGGACAGUCCACGCAGAAGCAAUAAUAAGGCAAACACCUGCGGAUGAAUCUCCAGAGAGAGUUGACCUUGGGCCAAUCAAAGAAAGAUGUAAACACUACUUAACUGGAGAGGAAGUGUAUCAACAUUUGGCAGCCAAUGGUUUCAACUACGGUGAAAUGAUGUCCGUUAUUUCAGGUAGCCAAACAGCUGGAAAUGAAAGCCUCACUGUACUUGAAGUUGGAUCUAAGCUCCAGAGAGAAGCACGUCACACAAUUCUUCACCCUGCAAUACUAGAUGGCAUGCUACAGACGCCUGCAACUGUCACGCAAGUGAUCAAAGAUAUGCUUCCAUACUCUGUAGAACAUGUGAUAGUCAAGAGGAAGACAGACAGAAAGAUGUUUGUGCAUUUGAAAGUGUUACAUGAAAGUGAAUGGUAUGUGUGCUAUAGCUCGUCACUGCUGACAACCGAAGGGUAUGUCAUUGCACACGUUGGAAAAUUUACAUUGAAAGCCAUGGGUAUAGAGUCCUUUGAUGUCAGGAGUGUUGCAUACACAAUUGAAGCAGAAGAAAUACAUCCUGAGCAUGACACUGACAGCAUAACAAACCUUGUUAUGUUUAGUGAUGAGAUGUCUUUGUCAAAGACCCCAAACUAUCCAUGGACAGUUCACCAUAUGUCCAUUUUAUAUGGCGAUAGCUAUGUUCCAGACCUUCGAGAGUCAUCUGAAUAGUAGUAAUGUUUCAAUCCAAGCCUCACUUCGUUCACAAUGGAAUGGAAAUGGAGAAAGAAUUGGAGGAGAAGAUCAUGCCUUUAAGA